AUGGGCGUUGCAACGGCGGUCGACUUUCCACAAAGUCUGGGGGAUGACGAAGCUCCAGCUAUCAAAGCGACACAGGACAAGCUCCCCAUACAAGGCGAUGCAGCUUUGGAGCUUCUUGCAGGAAGGGGCACUGAGAAUGGAGCCCUAGACGCUGAAGCCUCGCGCCGCCUCGUCCGCAAGAUCGACCUGUACGUGAUGCCAUUGAUCUGCAUCGUCUACUUCUGCCAAUAUCUAGACAAGAUCGCAAUCAGCUACGCCAGCGUGACAGGCAUCAAAGAAUCAGCACACCUCCAUGGCAAUCAGUUCAACUGGAUCUCCAGCAUCUUCUUCUUCGGCCAGCUCACGUUCCAAUUUCCCACCAGCCUCAUCCAGGCCUUCCCGCUGGCCCGGUACGUCGCGACCAACGUCACAAUCUGGGGCAUCAUUCUCGCCUGCAUGGCAGCCUGCAAGUCCUUUGCGUCGCUGAUGGUCUGCCGUACACUUCUGGGCUGCGCGGAGGCCGCGAUCGUCCCCGCGUGGGUGGUCUUCACGUCGCAGUGGUAUCGCAAGGAGGAACAGGCGUUCCGCGUGGGACUGUGGUUCUCCAUGUGCGGCUGGGCGCAGAUGUUCGGCGGGUACGUUGCGUACGGGGUAGCGGUUCAUGUUGGCAGCGACCCGCACGCGGCGCUGCGCGGAUGGCAGGUGAUCUUUCUCAUUCUGGGUGUCUUUACCACGUUGGUGGGCGUGCUUUUCUUCUUUAUCUUGCCGGAUUCGCCCGUCACGGCGGGGUUCCUGUCCGCCGAGGAGAAGGCGCUGCAUGCGGAGCGUCUUCGUGGCAACGAGCAGGGUAUUGGGAGCUCGGUGUUCAAGCGUGAGCAGUUCUACGAGGCGCUGAGAGAUCCCAAGACAUGGCUCUAUUCGUUCUGGGUCUUUGCCGCGAAUAUCCCGAACUCGAUCGCUACCAGCUUCGGCAAUAUCCUUGUUACGGGGAUGGGGUACUCGGCGACGAAGAGCCUGCUGCUCGUGACGCCGUUGGGAGCGUACGAGGUGGUCGUUCUGGUCGGAUUGACGUAUCUCGCUAUGCGCACGAACCAGCGCCUGCUGUGGUGUAUUGCCGGACAUAUCCCGAGUAUCGUGGGUGCGAUCCUCAUGGCUACGACGAAUAAAGCUCCUGCCCUGGUCGGGUAUUAUCUGUCUGGCGGCAUCCCCAUCGGAUGGACGACGAUUCUGGGGCUGACGAGCACCAACGUCGCCGGGUCGACAAAGAAGAUCACCGUCUCAUGCAUCCAGACCAUCGCGUAUACAGUGGGCAACAUCAUAUCGCCGCAGACGUUUCAGCACAAGGACGCCCCGAGGUAUCUUCCGGCAAAGAUCUCGAUUGUGAUCCUGUAUGUUCUUAUCACCUUGGACUUGUGUCUGAUCCGGUGGGUGUCGAUCCGGGAGAAUAGGAAGCGGGAUGCGGAAAGGGAAGCGCUGGGGGAUGCGUACGUGGUGGAAAAGGACCAUGAGUUUCUGGACCGGACCGAUUUUGAGAAUCGCGAGUUUAGAUAUGCUAUUUAG